CCUUCACACAACUAAACUCAAUAUUUCUUUUAUACAACUAAACUCGAAGCGGUAAGGUGUAGGAUCUAUUCUACCUGAAACUUGUACUUCGGCAAUAAUGUCGUUUCGUCACUACGUGCAAGUAGGCAGGGUUGCCUACAUUUCAUUCGGUAAAGAUUCAGGAAAAUUAUGUGCUAUUGUAGAUGUUGUUGAUCAGAAUAGGGCUCUGGUUGAUGGUCCUGCUACUGGUGUAAAGAGGCAAGCAGUUAAGUUCAAGCGACUUCGUUUAACCAAGUUCAGACUAAAAUUUCCUCACAGUACUUCCUCUAGAGUUGUACGAAAAGCAUGGGAAGCAGAGAAUAUUACAGAAAAGUGGAAUGAGACAUCCACAGCUAAGAAAAUGGCUGCUAGACAGUUGAAAACGAAAAUGAAUGACUUUGAUCGAUUUAAAGUGUACAAAGCAAAGCAAGCGGCAAACCGCCUUAUUAAUGGUGAAUACUUCAGAUUAAAAAGCAAAGAUAGAAAAAAUCCACCUAAACCAAGACCAAAAAGAUUCAGAGGAAAGCCAGCAAAAAAAGCUUAAAUGUAAAUGUUCUGAUAAGUUACUAAAAUAAAACUGUUAUUGGUACAGUCUUUUUAUGUUUUAAAUGUCGUAAGAUUUUUCAGAAUAAAACAACUAAUUCAUAUAAGUUUCAAGAAA